AUGGAUACAGGUGAUCUGGACGUGAUUGUCGGCGAUUACACGCAAGCACUCAUUGAAAAACUGAACAGUGUUCAUGGUCAUGGCCCAUUCUCACAUCUAUUUGAAGAAUUCCUGAAGGAGCUGUCAGAGAAAAUGGUUUCAGAAACAGGGGAAAGUGAAAUUACAAGGGCUUUAAAAAACUGGAAGCAUGAAGAACAAUCAGCCAAAAUGUUUAACCUGCUGAUUCAAAGUUGCAUCAAGAACAAGAUGAAGAGUGGAUUUUAUAAAGAUGAUGAUGGUAGAAGUCUAUCAUUUAAAAAGAACCACUUCAUGUUCAUCCGUGAGCUGAUUAAAGGCCGAAAACCUUCGGGCAGUUCUAAAAAUAGAAAGCCCUUUUUGUUUGAAAUUGUGGCCAAUAAAGAUACAGGUAUUAAUGUUGACAAAAUGGAUUAUUUUAGUAGAGAUUGUCACCAUCUUGGGAUGAAAAGCAACUUCUCCCAUGAGCGCUAUAUGAUGUUUGCACGAGUUUGCAAAAACAGCGUGGGUGAAGAGCAUAUCUGCAUGAGAGAUAAGGAAGCGAUCAACAUGUACGAACUCUUUCAUAAUCGAUAUAUACUUCACUACACCGUCUGCCAUCACAGGGUAAAAGUGGCAAUCGAAACAAUGAUUAUAGAUGUGCUUUUGGAAGCUGAAGCCCACUUUAGGAUUGGUGACAAGAAAAUUUCUCAGGCAGUUAUGGACCCUAAAACAUACCUGAAUCUCACAGAUGACAUUCUUCAUGAAAUCAUGCGGUCAAAUGACGAAAACCUCAAAACAGCAAGAAAAAUCAUUAGAAGAAUUGACAAACGCAAACUUUACAAGUUUGCUGGUGGCAAAAUGUAUAAGAAUGAUAAGCUGGCACAUUUGGACAGUGCUGAAAAGUGGAAAGAAUGGCAGCAAUGGAUAAAUGAGAAAUCUAUAAAUGAAGACCAUUUCAUUGUCAAGUCUGUCAAGUUAAAUUAUGGAAGGGAUCAUGAAGAUCCAAUCCAGUUUCUGUGGUUCUACAGAAAAAGACACCUGGGCAAAGCAGUGAAAUUGUCUGAAAAUGAGGUUUCAUACACCCUGCCCCGAAUUUUAGCUGAAACAAAAGUGAUGCUUUUCUACAAAGGUAACGGAAAACUCCCCAAAAAAACACCCAUCCAAAAAUUCUGGAAUUGCGUGGAGAAUAAAGAGCUGAGUGAGGAAUCAAGUGAUGAAACAAGUGAGGAAUCAAGUGAGGAAUCAAGUGAUGAAACAAGUGAAGGAUUGAGCGAUUAA